CGUAUGAAUCACACGAUCGCCUACAGGAUUUUAAGCCUAAACUGUAAAGGUUUCAACACUUUCUUGUGGAUUUUCGACAAGGAAUAAUCUCGGGUCAGCAAGAAUGCGUCUCUUCAGCGUGGGUUGUGUCUGUGUGUUUGCCCUUUGCUUACUUGGGCUCGUCCAGUCCUUCGGGGAAAUGGGUGGUUAUGGUUACGGUGGCUACAGUUUCGCGAAGAAGCCAAAAGACGUCACCUACCACAUUCAUAAGCACUAUUCCACGAUCAACGUCAACAUAUUCACUUACCUGAUCUUCUUCUUCCUGUUCAUCUUCAUCAUCAAAUUGCUGUUCACCAACAACACGAAUGGCAAAAAGCACGUACACGUGCAUCAUUAUCCCAAGGAGGAGAACCAUGGCUCCUAUGGCAACUCGUACGACCCUCACGGUGACACCGCCUACGAUGGUCCACAUUAGGUCGUUGUUCCGCAGGGUGUCGACUACAGGCGCUAACCAUGUUUCAAAGACAUCAAGAUCUGAAUUUGUGAAUUUGAAAAAUGCCUUGUAAUAUAGCAUUUAUGGCUACAAUAAAGAAAACAAAUCCGUUUUAAA